ACAACGGGCGGAGAGGAAGGAGCGGGACUCCCUGACCAGAUGUUGUUUAGAGCGAGCUAGAUGGGAGAGUCUGCUAGCAGAAGGAUAUGUAACACCAGAACGGGCUUUCGUAUAAUUGUGUCUCUUGAAGACCCUUCAGAAUGGGAAACACACACCCAUGUCCACGAGACGAGUCCGGCGGAAUCGUCCUGAUGAAAGGGGGGUGGGGGGCUGAGACGACUUUGAAGGGUCCUUGUAACUUGAGGAUUCAGUGCUCCGGGAGGAAUGGAUGAAAAUCAGGGAACAGGAUCCCUUGCAAAAUAUUCACGACUCUUUGAAAUGGAAAUGAGGCCCCUCCGAUUCAGGGAUCCAAGGAAAGCGAAGGGUCAGGGUGUGAGCAGCGGAGGGGGCAGAAGCAGGGAGGUGCGCUCUCGCCUGGAGGAGGAGGCAGGCCCCGCUCAGCCCCUCUCAUCUUUACUUAGCACCUGCUGGCUUGGAAUGGUGUCACCCCAGCAAUCAGACGGCUGGAGGUGCCAAGCGCCUGACCUCUGGUGCCGGCUACACCCUCCCCCAACACCUCAUGACCGCCCGUCCUGAUAUAGAUGGACAGGGCACUGGUUUAAAAUGACAGUCUCAAGUUCAUGUGGGAAGAGAAAGCUAAUUCAAAGGAGCAGCCGGGCGAGCUUCCUCUCUCUCGGAAUAACAUUAGCCCCCCUCCCCCAUGGCCCACCUGGGAGCCCACUUCGCCUUUAGGUCCCGCUGGCAGAAGACCGACGAUGACCUCUGUCGACACAGCAUGUCCUUUGUCCUCCACAAAGCCAUUCGCAACGACUUCUUCCAGAGCUAUCUGUACCUGCUGGAAAAAAUCCCCCUGGUGAAAUUGUAUGCCUUAACAAGCCAAGUCAUCAAUGGCGAGAUGCAGUUCUAUGCCAGAGCCAAACUCUUCUACCGAGAGGUACCAGCUACAGAAGAGGGGAUGAUGGGAAAUUUCAUUGAACUGUCCAACCCGGAUAUCCAGGCCUCUCAGGAAUUUCUUAGGAAAUUUGUUGGGGGGCCCGGGAGAGCCGGGACGGACUGCGCCCUGGACUGCGGCUCCGGGAUCGGAAGGGUCAGCAAGCACGUCCUGCUGCCGGUGUUCAACAGCGUGGAGCUGGUGGACAUGAUGGAGCCGUUCCUCCUCGAGGCGCAGAACUACCUGCAGGGCGAUGGGGACAAGGUGGACAACUACCACUGCCACGGCCUGCAGGAGUUCACGCCCCCGCCCGGGAGAUACGACGUCAUCUGGAUCCAGUGGGUCUCCGGGUACCUGACCGAUAGAGACCUUCUCGCCUUUCUCUCCCGGUGCCGAGAGGGCCUGAAAGAGCGCGGCGUCAUCAUACUGAAGGACAACGUGGCCCGGGAGGGCUGCGUGUUCGACGUCUCGGACAGCAGCGUGACGCGGGACACGCACAUCCUCGGCAGCCUCAUCCGGGAGAGCGGGCUGGUGGUGCUGGGCCAGGAGAAGCAGGACGGCUUCCCGGAGCAGUGCAUGCCCGUGUGGAUGUUCGCCCUGCGCGGCGCCGCGUGCCGCUGACCGGC